GAUCGUCUCUCAGAUUUUCUUCCCUUUUUUUCCCCCACCCCUUUCCCUUAAAGGUCUUCACUCCGUGUCCACAGGAGAUGCGGGAACUUUAACACCGGCUGCGAGAACAAAGCAACCUUUACAAACACCCGUACACACACACACACACACACACACAGUCUUGAAGCAGCUCCUCUGUCUUUGCUACUGAGUGCAGCCGCAGCUACGGAACAUGUCAGAGCACCGCUUGAUGGUGGAGGAACUCAACGAGCUCUUAGCAAAUGACAGCGGCUUCUACAGCCUCCCAUCCCAGCACUGCAAUGAAGUUUACUCCAGGAUCUAUGUGGGCAACGCAUUUGUUGCACAAAAUCUUAUGAGAUUAGAGCGUUUGGGGAUAACGCAUGUACUAAACAGUGCAGAAGGCAACUCAUUCAUGCAUGUUAACACCAAUGCCGAGUUCUACGCAGGAUCUGGAAUCGUCUACCAUGGAAUUAAGGCCAAUGACACAGAAGCAUUCAAUCUCAGUGCCUAUUUUGAAGAAGCUGCAGAUUUUAUUGACAAAUCAUUAGCACAAAAGGAUGGACGAGUUUUGGUGCAUUGCCGGGAGGGAUAUAGCCGAUCGCCUACUCUAGUUAUCGCUUACCUCAUGCUCCGACACAAGAUGGACGUCAAGACAGCCCUUUUAACCGUGCGCCAGAAAAGAGAGAUUGGCCCGAAUGAUGGAUUUCUGCGACAACUCUGUCAAUUAAAUGAGAAACUGGUUAAGGAGGGUAAAAUUAAAUCUUAAAAAAACCAUUUUGCAAGUAGCCAGCGCCUGCUGUGAAUUUAUAGAGGUUUUAUUGUACCAAAUGUUGUCUGUUGAUUUUAGGGCUAGGACAAAGUUUCAAUAUUUCAAUUCUUACUUCGGGGGAUUGGCUUUCUUUGAAGGAAUAUUUUUCAUGUGUUUAUAUAAAGUCAUGGUUUCAGCAUCUCAAAGUUUUAUUUUAAACUCAUCUCACUAUUACCAAUUUUAUUGAACCUUUAAAAUCUGAUGGAUGCACAUUGUGAGGUAGAACUUUACCAUCACUCUGGUAUUGUUCCUACAUCCGAACCUGGAGGCCUGGGUUCAAGUCCCACCUACUCCAGAGUUGUGUAAUAACAUCCCUGAACAGGUUGAUGAAGGAUAUUCUUAG